AUGGAGCAGCAAUUUUCCAAUAACACGUUCAGUUUCAACCUUCAAAUUGCAAAAUUUGAUAUUCCUUCUCAAGCCAUUUAUCCUGUUUUUAUCAUUGGAGCACUGAUCUAUUUGUUUGCAGUGUUCUGUAAUGUAGCAAUACUAACUUUAAUUGUUACACAGCAAAGCCUCCAUAAACCUAUGUUUUACAUUUUGUUCAGUCUUCCGCUUACAGAUUUAAUGGGAAUUACAUGUGCUUUGCCAAGAGUUCUUCUGGAUAUUGUUACACAAACAAAUACAAUAUAUUACCCGACAUGUGUCCUGCAAGGUUUUUUGCUUCAUAUAUAUGGAAGUAGUGUACUUUUUAUCCUAGCAGCCAUGUCAUUUGAUCGAUACAUUGCAAUAUGCAAGCCACUCAGAUAUAACUCAAUUAUGGGUCCAUAUACAGUUGGUGGUGUGAUUGCACUGGCUUGGGGCCUUGCUGUUGCUGUGAUUGUUGUCUUGUUUUCUCUUCAGGCAAGACUUACAAAAUGUAAGACAUUUAUUUUUAAUGUGUAUUGUAGCAAUAAUACACUGUUACAGCUCUCAUGUGCUGGUGACCUCACCGUGAACAAUGUUUAUGGAUUAGCAAUGACAGGAUUUGUGCAGGCCAUUAGUGUGAGUAUUCAGUUAUUCUCCUAUAUACAAAUUCUUAAAGCCUGUCUUUCCAACACACAAUUUGAUGCAAGAAGUAAGGCUGUAAACACAUGUUUAGGACAGAUAAUUGUAUUUGUAAUGUAUGAAAUAGUUUCUACCUUUACUGUACUUUCAUAUCGCUUUCAGAAUAUACCACCAAAUGCACAACAAAUAUGUGGGAUGCUGAUUUUUACUGUUCUUCCGGUUUUUAAUCCAAUUAUAUAUGGAAUGAAAACAAGAGACAUUAGAAAUUCAUUUAUCAUAGUGUUAAAAAGCGAAGGUGACGGCACAGCAUGCCAGUUCCUGGGGCUCGGAAAUGGACUUCCCAGAGGGUUUUUGAGAGGGGUUGUCCCUUUCUCCAACCUCACCUGCUCGGUCCAGGACUCGCUCAAAGGCUUGGAAGCACAGCCUACUGCGACGAGAGCAUUAGCUCCCCUUUUCUUCCUCCGAGGAGUUAAAGGAAGUUGUGACCUGUGCCUUUGCCAAGCUCGAUAUAACUUGGCAGCUAAUGAGCAGAAAGUCCCUCUAUCCAGUAAGCUGGAUGAGCGCUUUCUGACACCGGUGUCGCAACCUCCAGGUUCUUUGGCGAUUCUGUUAACGAGGUGGUCAAGUGGUUUCAGGAGAGCAAAAAGCAAACAGCAGCGUUCCAGCGGUACCUCCUACACCACUCUCACGGGGCUGCUCAGCGGGUGCAGCUCCAAGCUCAACCCAGCACCUUCUAUCGGGAGGCACAAAAGUGUCAAAGUCCUGGGAAGGACCUUCUCUGUUAACCCUGUAGUGAUCCAGAAGUCGUCAGCGCCUACGUCAAGGCUCCUAGAGUCGCUUCAGGGCACAUAA